CGUACCUGUACUUGCUGGUCACUUUCAUAAUUGUCAUUUAAAUCUAAGCAGUUAGAGUGAGCUUUUUGACAGCUUUUUAAUGGUAAACAGGUUUUUCUCCAUCGUAGGCGAGCGAUCAGAUUACUUUACAAAUAACUUGAUGACGUAAAUCAGCCCUAACAGACUCAGGAGAAUGGCAAUGACUUUAGGAAUUCCCAGAGUAUUUUUAUCUAGAUAUCGCUUGACGAGGUUAUGUGGAGCGUAUAUUCAGUUGAGACGGCAACUCUGCAUGAAACACACAACAAAAAACAUCCCACCAGGACUGCAGCAAGUUUUGUUAUAUCCAAGAAACACUAAUCAUGUGCUGACAAGAAGAUUUAAUUCAGCAGUGGCAUGUUCUGUGCAUAAACUUUUAUCCCGUGGAGCUUUUAAAGUAGAGGGAAAAGAUUCCAGUGAUUUUUUACAAGGCCUGAUAACGAGCAACAUGAAAUGGGUGGAAGUGCCCAGAUCAGCAAUGUAUGCAAUGAUGCUAAACGCUCAGGGUCGGGUGAUGUAUGAUCUUCUUGUCUACAACAUUUCAGCCAGUUCAGAUAGGCCCUGUUUCCUGAUAGAGUGUGACAGGACUGCUACGGAUAGUCUUAUCAAGGAUAUAAAAAAAUAUAAACUCCGUAAAAAGAUAGACAUUGUCAAUAUGACAGACAGUGUGUGUUUGUCAGCAGUUCUCCCCCCUGAUACACCUGAGAGCUUACAGGAGUUAUCUGUCCCUGACUCAGAUUGUUUGAUUUUCGCACAAGAUCCUCGUGUCAAGGAUUUUGGCUGGCGAUUAAUUACUACAGCUGACAACAGUAACAUGGAUUCUGUGUCCAAACUGGGAGUUUCCUCCCCUGAGCAGGACUAUCAUAUACGUCGCUACCGGUGGGGAAUUAGUGAGGGCUGUAUAGACCUACCCCCUGGUAACUGUUUUCCUCUGGAGUCUAAUCUGGUUUAUCUAAAUGGGGCUUGUUUUCAAAAAGGUUGCUACAUCGGUCAGGAACUAACUGCCAGAACUUAUCACACGGGGGUAACAAGGAAACGUUUAAUGCCGCUGAUAUUUGAAAAAUUACCAGAAAAUAUUUCCCCCGGAACAGACAUUAAGACAGAGGACAACAAACAGGCAGGGAAGUACCGUCAUUCUGUCGGUCAUUAUGGUCUGGGUUUGAUGAGAUUGGCAGAAAUUGACAAACAACUUGUGAUAAAAAACGAAGACAAUCAGGCCUUCCCUGUCUCCACCGUACGACCAAGAUGGUGGCCAGAUGAGGCAGAGGAUGCUCAGGGGCUGAAGUUAACUUAACAGGCUUCCAUCGAGGGACAGCAGAGGAAGAGAUUAAAAAAAGUUUUUCACAAACACAGCACAAACUGUAUCAAAAAAAAAAAAAAUACAUUGGCUUAUUUCUUCAAAUUUUCUAGAAUAGAAUUAAAUGAGUUUAUAUAUUAAAUAAUUCAUGCGGUUAAUGGAUCAUAUUGGUUU